CUUCAAAUCUUCACUAUAACAGUUUUCCGAUGAUUUGGGUGACAAAUUUCUUCAAACUUUUUCAAUUUCACUUGGUCUUCCAGUAAUUCUAUCAACUGGAAUUUCUUCGUUUUAUUUGAAAAAAGAAUUCAAUGAAAAUAUUUUAAACAUAAUUCAAUUUGAUUCAAGUGAUUUAUUGCUGAAACAACGACUUUUGGAAUAUCUUCAACAUCUUCGAUAUUCAAAAACAAUUUUCGUUCUGAAAACUUCGUCGUCAAGAAAUGAUUUGGAAAAUAUUUUUAAUUUUUGCUGGCAGAACAGAAUGAUCAAUGUAAUUGCAGUUUUUCAAGAUUUCGGAAUUUCUUCAACUUACUUCAGUUAUAGCAAUUUCGGAGAUUUUCGAAUUGAAGAACUCAUUUGGAACAAGAAAUUAGUAGACGUUUUUCCAGAUCGGAUGAAGAAUCUUCAUGGCAUAACAUUACCAAUUUUGUUUAAUGGACCAGAGCCAGGACUGAUUGUUGCAAAAACUGCCAUUGGUAAUACAAUUAUCGGUGGUUAUUUGUGGCACAUCUUGAAAGCUUUUGCCAAAAAGCACAAUGCUAAAUUGAACAUUUCUAACAUUGAGACUUCACUUGGACCGCGUGAUGCAUUUACACUUCUUGUUGUAAAUGGUACAGUUGAGAUACUAGGUGUUUUUCCUUUGCGUUUAACAUUUCCAGCCAACUUUAACUCAUACCCCUUCAUCUGUUAUGAUUGGGGUGUCAUGGUGCCCAAAGAAUCGAAAAUCCCCAUCUACAAACAGGAGUUGCAUUAGCUACUUGGUUAACAGGAUCCCGGACCAUCAGAAUGAGAGAUUUCUUCUUUAACAUUGAUUGUUAUCGUGGAAUACUUGGACAGUCUAUUUCGAAGGUUUCAAGCACUUCUAGCAGUACAAAAAUCAUCUAUUCGCUGAUAUUUCUACUGGGAAUUAUGAUAGUUACUUCAUACGAUGCAUUUCUUCAGUCUUUUAUGACUGAACAACCAUCACAAAAUAUCAUAAAAUCCUUCAAUGAACUGAAAUCAUCUGGUCGGAAAGUUUACAUUUUUAAAACUGACUUAAACACUUUGUUACAUGUUAGACCAGAAUUUAAACACUACUUAGAUUUAGAUUUAUUUGAAAUCGAAACAAACUAUACCAAUUUUGACAUUACUGAAAAUAGUCUUAAAACAAAACAUGCCUGCGCAGUUACUAGUGAAAAAUGGAAUCUUUAUAAGAGUCAACAAACUUUCUAUGGUCAACAAUUGUUUCGCUGGUCUGAGGAAUUGUGUUUUUUGAAAGAUGUAAUUGGAUCUUUUGGAGUGAAUGAGAAUUCAAUUUAUAAAAAUAUUUUGAAUUCUCAUAUUUUGGAAAUACAAGCAACUGGAUUGAUGGAAUUUUGGAAAAGAAGAGCAUUUUAUGAGCUAUUGGCUAAUGGAAGAAUUGAUAAAUUGAAUGCUAACAAUGGACGAAGGAACUUACAGUCGCUAAGAGUUGAAGAUUUAAAAUGGAUUUGGAUAUCGAUAGGACUGGCGUAUUUAGUCACUAUUUUAUGUUUUGUUGGAGAAAUGUGUGUGUUUAUAUUAAAAAA